AUGGCCAACUCUUCGGCCGCCGUCGGCCUAGAAGCCAUGACGCCCGCCAACCACUCCCUCUUCGACACUAGUCUCCCACCUCUCCCCGAAUACACUUUGACUCCUCAGGGCGAUAUCUUACCCUUCAUCUCGGACUUUUGGCUCAACCUUCUGUCGCCUGUCGUCGUUUACUGGGUCGUUUCCAUCUUUUUCCACAUGAUAGACGUCUACGACCUCUUCCCCCAGUACCGCCUUCACACCCCCGAGGAGAUUACGCGACGGAACCACGUCUCGCGCUACCAGGUUGCUCGCGACGUCAUCAUCCAGCAGGUCAUCCAGGUUAGCACCGGUGCCCUUCUCGCCCUGACCGAGCCUCCCGAGAUGACUGGCAAGGAUGCCUAUAAUGUCGCCGUCUGGGCUACCCGCCUCCGUCUCCUCCAGCGCGCCCUCCCCGGCUUCCUCAGCCUUCUCGGUCUCAACGCCACUGCCGUCUCCAAGAACCUCGCCGCCUCGCAUCCCUUCCUCGCCGGUGCGCUCGCCGGGGGCUACUACCCGUUCCUCUCAGCCUCGUCCGGUGCUUCCGAUGUGCCCGCCUUUGCUCCUUGGGAGAUGGCCGCCGCUAGCUUCAUCUACCAUAUCGCCAUCCCGGGCAUUCAGUUCUUCGUCGCCAUCUUCUUCCUCGACUCUUGGCAGUACUUCCUCCAUCGUCUCAUGCACAUGAACAAGUGGAUGUACACUACCUUCCACUCACGCCACCACCGUCUGUACGUUCCCUACGCGUACGGUGCCCUUUACAACCAUCCCUUUGAGGGCUUCCUGCUCGACACCCUCGGUGCCAGCAUCGCCUUCAAGGUCUCCUUCAUGACGCUUCGUCAGGGAAUCGUCUUCUUCGUCGUCUCCUCGAUCAAAACUGUCGACGACCAUUGCGGAUACGCCUUCCCUUGGGACCCUCUCCAGCUCAUUACCAACAACAACGCUGAGUACCACGACAUUCACCAUCAGAAUUGGGGCAUCAAGACCAAUUUCUCUCAGCCCUUCUUCACCUUCUGGGACCGCGUCCUUGGCACAAUGUACAAGGGCACGCGUACCAACCGCGUCCACGCAGCCAAGAAGGAGUCUGAGACCGGGAAGAAGGCUCAAUAA